AUGCAUAAACAUAAUGUGCAUAGUGUAUCUGCUCAUAGAAGAAUUAUUUCAUCCUCUAUAAAACCUUCAAUAAGCAGAAUAACUAGUGCUCAAUCCAGAUCUAAAUCUAAUUAUAAGCUUCUUAAUUAAAGUCCUUCAGGAUUUUUCUUAGAAUCGAUUAUACCGGCCAUUCCAGAAAAAUUAAAUAUACCGUUAAAAAUAAUCGAAAAGUAUUUUGAAGAAAGUUACUUAUUCAACAAUCAUUAUUAAGUUGUUUCUUCUUUACAAAAUGUUUCUGGAGAGGUAAAAAAAUAUUUAUAAUACAAUUUAAUACAAGUUUAAGAACUUCCUAAAUCUUAUUAAAAUUAAGAUAAGGAUAAUAAGUUAUUGUUUCGGAUGUAUGAAACUUUAAUAAAUUUAGAUCAAACUAUCAUUUAAGAUUUAUUUGAUAAAAAAUAAUAAUAACAAGAUAAUUCAGAUUUUAGAAAACAUCCAAAACAUUAUUUUAGAUUUGAUGUAUUAAUAAAAUGCAUAGAAAUAAUGAAUGAAUUAGUGAAUAGUAUUUUAAAAGUAAUAGAUGAUAAAGCGAUUGCUAUUUUUAUUGAAUAAAUUUGGAAAGCCUUAGUAACAAUUUUAGAUUUGAAUACUUAAUGGUAAUAAGAUCGAUUUCAAUCCUUAGUUGAUAUGUAAAUAGAAAGCUAUAAGGAAAGAUUAGAACAAAUGAAAAAUGAAUAUAAAUAAUAAGAAGAAAAAUAUCAAAUGUAGUUAAGAGCCUAUUAAUUAAAGCUUGUAAUUGAAUAAAAGAAGAAUGUCUCAUUGAGAGAAGAAAAUAAUAAGAUUUGUUAAUAAUAUAAUCAUUUAGAGGAUCAAAUGAAUGAAUUUAGUAACAUUGAACAUGCUAGAGGUGAUCUUUAGAAUAUUAAUUAAAAAUUACAUGAAAUGGAUUUAAAUUUUAUGAAAUUCAAUAAAGAAAUAUAUGAAUCUCAUUAAUAAGCCUCAAAUUCUAUUAAGUAAUUAGCUAAGUUAUUAACUGUUAAACCAAUUAUACCAAAAUCAUUUAUACAAUAAAAAUAUGAACAAUUAAAUAUAUUUUAUAGAGAACAAAAGCCUUUUGUUGGAUUAAUGAUUAAUCCAUUGAUUUCUUAAAUUGAAAUAGAAUUUUAUCAUGUUGAUUAAAUCAACAAAAAAUAAUUAGCAUCUGAUUUCAUUUAAUUUGUAUUUUAAAAUCUAACAACUUAUCCUUCCUAAUCAGCAGUUGAAUUAUAUACAAUAUGGAUACAUAUAGAUGAAUAACAAUAUGUUAGUACUCGUAUAGAAUUAUUGAAUAAAUUGAAUCAAAAUAAUAAUAAAGAUUUUUACAUUAGUGUAUGUCAAUAAUUCUUAGGAAUUAAUUAUAAAUUUCCUUCAUCUCAUAAAGUUAUUGAAGAAACAUUAAAAUAUAUUAAAAUAAUUGAACUUAAUUUAUUGUAAUAAACAUCAUCAAAUUAAAAUUAACAAAGAAAUAGCUUAUUUCUUAAAUAAUCUAACAUAAUUGAUUUUGAAUUAGAUAUUAAUUUAACAAAGUAAUGUAAUUAUGUUCUAUAAAUAUAGUUUUUCAACUAUUCUACCUUAAUAACUCUAUGAAUAUAUAGAAUAGUCAUCCAAUAUGAAAUUGAUUGAAUUUACAUAUUAAACUAUUAACUUCCUCUAGCAAUAAGAAAUAUAAAAAUGGAAUUCACUUACUAAAUUUUAUCUAAGUAAUAUAAAUAAAUUUAGUUAUCGUUUAGAUUCGAUUGAAUAAUUUUACAAUAUAGAUUAGUUUUUAGUAUUUAAUUUAUUUUAUUAUUAGAUUUGGUAAUUGAUCAUUAUUCAUUAAAGAUCAAUGAUUAAUAAAAAAUAAGAUGAAAUAAUAACAAAUGAAGAUUUUAUAGAAUAAUUAUAUCAACUUUGGGUAUAACAUCCUAGAUGUUUAAUAAAACCAACAAAUGAAUUGUAAUUAACUUAAUCUAAUUCUCCAAGUAAUAAAAAAGUAUAAGUGCAAACAUCAUAAUAAAAAUAAAGCCCUCAAUUAAGAAAACAAGGAACAAUGCAAUCUGAAACGUCUCGUAAAAAAUGA